CGCACGCGCACCGUGGUCGUUGCAGGCUGCAUCCUUCCUCUCUCCAGCACGGAGCUGCCGCGCCGCAUCUCACUUUUACAACGCGGCUUCUGCAGCCGCGACAGCAACGCAUACAUGCAACGGUGCAUCGGUGGCUGAUCGAUUCUUGUAUCGGAAAACAAUCCGCAUGGUGACGUCACGCCGCUGAUCGGUUGUAGUGGCUGGGCGGGUUGGUGGCUGACUGGCUGGGUAGCCUACCGCGCGGACGCCAGGGAUAUAGAGACAGAUGGGUGCAUUUAAACUCCACAACGGAUAAAAAAAAAAAAAGCAAAGUACAAAAAAUCAAAGAAAGGACAAUAUCGCACGAGGAGUGUGUGGACGCGCACGGGUUUGCUGUUUGUUUUGUUUAUUUGUCGCGUAUACACGUCGCGUGGGAAAUGUAGUAGCUGCCACGGCCGCCAGCGGGAGGAUGGAUGCGUAACAGGACGGAUCGAGCCAGCUGUGGCCUGCUUCUAACAGCAACAUCUGGCCGGUGAGUCGCACUGACAGCCGCAGCAGCUUGCUUGCCUGCCUGCCGGGCGGGCGGGCAGCUUGUGUGAACCAGGCACGGAGACAGACAGGGAGGCUCGGUGUCAGUGCAGCCUCGCUCCCUGCUCUCUGGUCGGGGUCAGAGAGGGCUCGUCAGCAGCCAGCCGGCUCUGGACUACAGUGAGGAGAUGGAGGAGGGGGAAGGGCCCGUGGCGGUCAGAGAGGGGCCGAGCGGUCAUGGCCUCCCACCGAACACCAGCAGCACCACCACCACCACCAACAACCUCCUGGCUUCUGUCAAAGAGCAGGAGCUUCAGUUUGAGCGGCUGACUCGGGAGCUGGAGGAGGAGCGGCAGAUCGUGGCGAGCCAGCUGGAGAGGUGCAUGCUGGGAGCUGAGUCACCAGCGGGAGACAGUAGCAGCUCGUCUGAGAAGUCGUUUGCGUGGAGAUCCGCAGGUGGAGAGUCGCAGGGCGGAGUCCUGAAGGCGUCUGGAUGUCCGGGACGUCCCUUGGAGGCGGAGGACGGGCUCUACAUGCCUGAACCGGACCGCGCCUCCCUGCAUGACAGUGAGGGCUCCGGAGGCCACUCGGCUCAGAUGACCUCGUAUUCAGACAGUGGCUACCAGGACAGCAGCGUUAGUUUUUACAGCAACCAAAAUGUGGUGCGUUCGGAGCCCCGGGCCUCGAUAUCGAGAAGCCCGAGAGCCGAGGGUCAGGCCUCUGGGCAGGUGUCUGGCAGGGUGUUACGGAGGAUGGCCUCCCUCCCUUCCAGGAGCCAGUCUCCCGGCUGCGGCACUGCCGGCACCGUCUCCCCCUCCCGCAUCUCCCUGCGAACGUCCCAGGGCAGCACCUAUGACUCACCCAUUCUCUCGGAGCCCAAACCUCUGGCCGCCGUGUUCCCCGGCACUUUCGUGCCGCCCGCCUGCCCGUCGCCAACCUCGCCGACAGACGGCCCCCAGGCCCCGGGCGUUGGCUUGGUAGGAGGCCGGGGUCGCCUGGGCUCCACCCUGUCUCUGGUGGAGGGGAGGUGUUUGACGGGGUCGCCAGUGCGCUCGGGGAUGACGGCCGUGCCGCAGCACUACGGCUCCACGCUGCCCCGGCAGAGCCAGCCGCUGGCCUACGGAGCCGACCCGUACGGCCUGUACCAGAGAACCGCACUGCCCCGUCCCGACAGCCUCAUAGGGCUUCACAGUUCGUACGUCGGUCAGGCGGGGCAGAUGGAUUCAGAGCUGAGGGCGGCGCUGUCUCCAGACUGCCACAUGACGCCCGUGUUCGAUGAGCGCUCCUUCCACAGCCCCCUGUACCACAGCCCCACCCACGACCCCCAGGGCUCGCUCUACAGGACAAACACAGGUAUGGCGACCCUCCCUCGGGCCACGAGCCACUGCGGCACGUUGCCGUACCAAAGAAGCAGCUACGGGCUGAGCACCGCGGCUCUGUACGUCGACUCCUACGGGGUCUCCGGCGAGCCCGUCUUCUCCCACCGCCACUCGGGACUGGUGGAGCGGGUGAUCACGCGCACCCCAUCCAUCGAGAGCAUCCAUAAAGACCCCAGGGAGUUUGCUUGGCGUGAUCCCGAGCUGCCGGAGGUCAUCCACAUGCUGCAGCAUCACUUCCCCUCCGUCCAGGCCAACGCCGCCGCCUACCUGCAGCACCUGUGCUACGGAGACAACAGGGUCAAGGUGGAGGUGUGUCACCUGGGAGGGAUUCAGCACCUGGUGGACCUGCUGGAUCACAAGCUGACCGAGGUCCAGAAGAGCGCCUGCGGGGCCCUGAGGAACCUGGUGUACGGCAAGGCCACCGACAACAACAAGGUGGCGCUGAGGAACUGCGGCGGCGUGCCUGCCCUGCUGCGCCUCCUCCGGAAAACAACCGACAACGAAGUCCGCGAGCUGGUCACUGGCGUCCUGUGGAACCUCUCGUCGUGCGACGCGGUGAAGAUGACCAUCAUCCGUGACGCUCUGAGCACGCUGACCAACACGGUGGUCAUCCCCCACUCGGGCUGGAGCAGCGGCGCGCACCGCGACGAACACAAGGUCAAGUUCCAGUCUUCGCUGCUGCUGCGGAACACCACCGGCUGUCUGAGGAACCUGAGCUCAGCAGGGGAGGAGGCGAGGAGUCAGCUGCGUUGCUGUGAAGGUCUGGUCGACUCGCUGCUUCACGUCCUCAAAGCCUGCGUCAACACCUCCGACUACGACAGCAAGAUCGUGGAGAACAGCGUGUGCACCCUGAGGAACCUGUCAUACCGGCUCGAGGUGGAGAUGCCCUCCUCUCGUCUCCUCGGCAACCCGGAGCUGGACAACCUGCUGGGCUUCUCCUCGCCGGCCAAGGAGCUGGACUACCUCUGCUGGGGCAAGAGGAGGCGUGGUCGGAAGAGGGGCGGCUGGGCCGACGACAAGUGGGACGGCGUGGGGCCGAUCCCGGGUUUCUCCCAGCCUCUGAGGGGGGCGGAGCUGCUGUGGCACCCGGUGGUGGUGAAGCCGUACCUCAACCUGUUGGCCGAGAGCUCCAACCCCGCCACGCUGGAGGGCGCCGCCGGCUCGCUGCAAAACCUCUCCGCUGGCAACUGGAAGUUCUCGGCCUACAUCCGAGCCGCGGUGCGUAAAGAGAAAGGUCUGCCCAUCCUGGUGGAGCUGCUGAGGAUGGACAACGACCGGGUGGUCUGCUCCGUCGCCACCACCCUCCGCAACAUGGCGCUGGACAGCCGCAACAAGGAGCUGAUAGGAAAGUACGCCAUGCGGGAUCUGGUGAACCGGCUGCCCGGCGGCAGUCCGACGGCGCUGUCGGACGAGACGGUGGCGUCGGUCUGCUGCACGCUGCACGAGGUCACCAGCCGCAACAUGGAGAACGCCAAAGCUCUGGCCGACAGCGGAGGCAUCGAGAAGCUGGUGGACAUCAGUAAAGGACGGGGGAAAGGGUACUCGAUGAAGGUUGUGAAGGCGGCAGCGCAGGUGUUGAACACGCUGUGGCAGUACAGAGAGCUGAGGAACCUCUACAAACAGGAUGGCUGGAACUACACUCACUUCGUCACUCCCGUCUCCACGCUGGAGCGAGACCGCUACCUUUCCCAGCCGACCCUGCCCACCGGCCAGCUGCAAAUGUCCCCCGUCAUCCAAUCAGGUGGCAGUGCAACGUCCUCGCCGGCGAUGCUCGGGAUACGAAGACACAGUUCAAACUAUCAGAGAGCGCAGUCAUCUAUGCAACUCGACACGUAUUACGGAGACAACAGUUUACACAAACAGCCGUUCGCAGGGUCCGAGAAGAAAACUCCGUAUUUCAUUCGGACAUAUUCUUCCCAGUCGGGAGAGGAUUUGAGAAGGUCCCAGCACACAGAGCCAUUUUACGACGAACCCGACGGAAAGAACUACAACAGCUACCGGAUCUACCUGUCAUCCCCACGGGGCUACGGCGAGGAGCACUACGAGGACGAGCCGGCGCACCUGACCCCAUCCUCCCCCGACGGCUACGCCGGCCAGCCGCUCCAGUUCAAAGCCAACGCCAACACCAACUACGUGGACUUCUACUCCACCACACGGAGGCCUUCAAACAGGGCCAACAAGUUCACCGGCUCCCCCGACUCCUGGGUGUAACUAGACACAAAAUGGACACCGUAGCUGCUUCUCGUGUCGCUUAACUUGCCUCCUCGGCUCCUCUACUUGCCCCCCCCCCCCCCCCCUUCCUCGCG